CUAGCAUCCAUCUCUCUUUCAUGAGAAGAUAACAUUAGAAAACUUAUACAAGAUUUGUAUUAUGAAUCGAAUGAAGGGCCAUGUAUUUACUACAGAAAAAUGAAUCAAACGAAAAAAAGCUAUACAUUUGGGGUUUAUUUUUCGACGCUUUAGACAGGGACUCUAAUGUUUUUUGAUUUAUUUAUUUAUUUUUUUCUCUCCUUUCCUUUCCUGGUUAGAAAUAGCUUGCUUUUACAAUUGCGCCACCAUCGUCUAUACGUUCACCGGUGGUUUGCAUCAUGUUAAUCGCACUCAAUAAUAACGGACUCGGAGAAAAGCACUCCAUGUGGUCCUCCGUCCCCUCGGGAGGGAUAAUGAUUUCCUCUAUUAGAAAUUUCCAUUUUUUAUAAGGGGUAGUAGCGUCUCUAUUGUUGCAAUAAUGUUGUAAACAAAAAGCAACUGUUCUAUAUCUGUUUGUCCAAUCGUUUUUGGAUGCGAAGUCGCCAUCGACGGUAACAUCCGACAACAUCUACGGGUACUGAACCUUAAGAUGAAAACCAGAGUCCUACUCUUUAUAGAUUGGUUCAAAUUAACGAACAUAGAGACUAGAUUCUUCCAAUUCCGUUGGUUUUUUCUUUAUUUUCUUUCAAGGUUGAAUCAAGAAACCAUCCAGCACACAGAGACUAUGGAAAAAUGUUUUUAUUUUAUUUUCUUUUAUUUUUUGCAUUUGCAUUUGCAGCAUCGUAGUCUCCAAAGUAAUAUGUUUUUGUCGUUCGUUCAUGCUUCAUAUUCAUAAGUUUUCUUUUCGCUACAUCUACUUCUUUUUUUUCGUUCCUCUUCUUUUUUUUUCCCACCCUUUCCCCUCUUCUUUUGCGACAAUUAAUUAUCGAGAUAAAUGUCAUUACCCCACACUUUAAAAAUUUCUCCUCCUUAACGAAUAAUCGAAUUACAAAUCGUACUAGCCAUCUGUCCAGACCAUCAGCGAAUUAAUCCUUGCUUCUUGUUACCUUGCAAUGUCGCUUGCAUCGAAUUCCUGAAAUCUGUGCUUGCAUCCGUUUUCUCCUUUCCCAAUAUCAGCGUUUUCUAAAGUUUUUUUAUAUAAGGAAAACUCUAUUGCCAAGAAAGCCGUUGGUUUCUUUAUUUUUAUUAUUUAUUUAAAAUUAUUUAAUUGAACGCACUCUUUUUGUUUUGGUAUUGAAUUCUCCUUUCUAUUUGUAUUUCUGUCUGUAUUUAUAAAGGCCGGUUCCUUAUUUACUUGUAACCGCGUUGUCGUUUUUUCGUUUGAAGAAUUAUCAAUUUUCUUUUCGUUUACACGUUUACGUUUUUGGGUUUUCAAGUUUCGCGGCCAAAAGUCUUCUUGCUUACCAACUUUCUAUUCGACUUCUCCCUUCUCAUUGAGCACUUAGAAAGUUGACUUGCCCGGACCAUCCUCUUUGAACUCCAUCUCUCAACCUCCUUAAUUAUUGCCACACGCUGUCUAAAGAGAUUCACUGAUUCAUACCGUCACCUGCAUUACUUUGUCUGAUUCCUCUUUUCCUUUCGAUCUGCAUCAAUUUUUUCAUGAAAACGGCGUUUUAUCUUUCAACCUUGAUUUUACUCUCCUUUUCCACACAAUUUCCUGGUCGUUUUUGAUUUUGAAACGGGUUUCCGCUUUCUUAAACAUUUAGUGGGGUUGCAUUCUUCCACUACAUCUUUAUUUUCUUUCGGUCUCUUGUGCCUAUUUUAGGUGCUUCUGUUUCUAUUGAAAAAUUCAAGGGUUUUUUGUUCUAUUUUUUUUUUGCUUACUCUUUCUCUCUGCACCUGCUAUCCUUUUGGCUUACUGGUGACGGUUCUUUUUGAUUGUUUCGUUUGUAUGCUGUAUAUUUGAUUUUGGCAACCUACAACACUGGUUUUGCCAAGUCAUCGAAAAUUCCGAGUAUCGUCAAUCGUUAAUCUCUCACCUUUAACUUUUUGCCUCGUGACUUUGUUAAUUAUUCUUUCUUUUCUUAUACUUUUACGACAUUUCUUUCGUCGUCUUAAUCCUGUUUCCACAAACAAAAGUAACAGGUGUAUUCUGAUCCCCCUCAGUUUAUUAUAAAACCCAUAUACCUUGUAUUUUUUUGUUGAUAUAGACGCCUCCAACCAAUCUUUUUUGCUUUUGGAUCCUUACGGCUUAUUAUCAGUAAAAAUCAAUUUCCUGAAAAGCUCAUUUAUCUCAAUCUUUCAUCAUUGUUUACCCACUAAUUUAUAAAAAUGGUUUACUCUCCUGUGUCUCGUCCUCAAGUUCCAUUGACGUUCCGUCAAUGGCCGCCUUAUGAUUAUAAAACUGAUCCAUUGACUAUCCCUAGAUUUCCGAGCGCUAACCCACUUCAGAACAAUUCAUCAAUGCCUACUCCUUCUUCACUUUUGGACACAUAUGGCUCUUCAUUACUUUCCAAAUCUGCUAAUACCUUGGGAAGUUUGAAGCCUGCAAGUAAUGCCGUCCUUUCUCCUGACGAAACUUUUCCUUCAACAGUGAUGCCCCAAUAUCGCUCCAUGGAUGUUGGUACCCCUAGAUCUCCUGAUGCCGAUGGCUGGCCUUGGCACUUGACCUCUUCCAACAGUCCUCAAGGUUAUGCUUGGCCUCCUACCUUUACUCCAAAUGGUUCGACAAAUCAUUUGCACACUUCUUCUCGUAAUCUAAAUGAUUAUCCUUCGCCUAUAUCCUCCUUAGAAAGCCUUCCGUCUAAAAGUAGUGUGGGUAGUUCUGGUUUAGAUUAUCAUACUUUACCAUCUAGUUUUAAUGAUGAUACCAAGCCUACGGCUUUUCCCCUGAAUAUGGCCGGUGUCCCAUUGAGUGAUGCCUCUUCCCAGCCUUCGUUUGCCUUUGCACAAAAUUCUGUCGAUCGUGUCUUUAAUCCAAAGCCAAAGUUGUAUUAUCCAUCAAAGUCAAUGACAAACGUUCAUAACUCUAUCGCGAAACCUGCUUUAUCUAGACAGUCCUAUUCCUCUGGGUCUAUUCCCUUGAAAUCAAGCCUCAACACUGCUGUUAGCGCACAACCAUCGGCCCUCUCAAACCAAAUCUCACCUGUGGUAGGAAGUCCUGUCCUUAAUUCAUCAAAAUUCUCAGUCUCAGCUCCUCGCGCAGAUCAACUAUCCCCUGAGCUGCAACAGCUGAAGCAGACAAACGUCCCUUCGGUAAGUCAGCGUCCUCGUGCUGCUACUCCUGGAAGUAACAACAGUUCUACUACUUCUACUGGAAAACGUGCUUUGUACAAGACAGAGCCUUGUAAGAAUUGGCAGACUACUGGUAACUGCCGCUACGGCAACAAAUGUCAAUUUGCUCAUGGUGAAGACGAAUUAAAGGAACCUCCUCGUCAUCCUAAAUAUAAAAGUGAACCAUGUCGCUCUUUUAUGUUAUAUGGCUACUGUCCUUAUGGAUUAAGAUGCUGUUUUCUGCACGAUGAGCAAGGCUUAAUAAACAGUCAACAAAAUAAUAUUCAAGAAGCUGUCAAUGCGGAUAUUAAAUAAUUGGUGGUCAUUGCACAAGAUUUUGAACCGUUUUAAGCUAAUUUAUUGUUUACAUUACGUUUAUCAUUGUUUUUACAGUUACUAUUUAUGUUUGUUGCGCCGUAUUAUUUCAUGCGAAUAUUCGAUACAGCGUAUGAUAGAUACACCUAGUGUUCACCAGUUAAUUUGUGAAUUCCGCUAUGGACCUGAUGUUCGUAACUUCUUUCUCUUUUUACUUCUUUAUUUAUUGCAGUGUCAAAGUAUGCACUUAUCUAUGUUGGUUUAAAAAAAUUAAAGGAUUUAAAUGAAACAAUUCAGAUUUGUGCACGAGAUGAAUUGGUUAUUUUAUCUUGCAGAAUUUUAGUACAAUUUAUUUAUUUGCUUAAAAAGAAAAAAUAUUUAACGUAAGUUUAGUCAAUAUGAGACAUUUUUGUACUCCAUUUAUGACUUAGAUGGAUGAACAAAUCGUGGUUAUACUUAAUAUCUUCCUUACACAAUCCUGUGAAAAUCCUAC